ACAACCUGAAAUAAGUCUCAAAAAAGACCCCCUGGUAUGGUGGGACUUACAUUCAAAAAAAUUUCCCGUACUAUCUAAAUUGGCAAGAAUUUAUCUGGCUGUUCCAGCAACAUUCAACCCAAGUGAACGUUUAUUCAGUGAUGCUGGUAACUUAAUGACAUCAAAGAGAACCCAUAUUUCUCCAGAGCUUUUUAAAAGAAUGCUGUUUUUAAAAAGAAAUAUCGAUCAAUAUCAAAAUAUUCAUCCCGAAUAA